UGCAGUUUUACUUGUUCUCCGGUAAUCUUCUGAGAAUGCCAUCCUUCGCGUCGACUGUCACGUUAAACAAUGGCCAAAAUAUGCCAAUUCUUGGCCUUGGUACUUGGUUAUCUCGCGAAGGCGAAGCAAUUGAAGCAGUCAAAGUAGCCAUCGACGCCGGUUACCGCCAUAUUGACACCGCCUACUUGUAUGGUAACGAAAAAGAGGUCGGCCAGGCUAUUCGUGAGAAAAUUGCAGAGGGUGUUAUCAAGCGAGAAGAUAUUUUCGUCACAACCAAGCUGUGGAAUAGUUAUCACGAUCCGAUAAAUGUUGAGGAAGCAUUUAAUCGUUCCCUGACCAAUUUGGACAUCGAUUACAUCGAUCUGUAUUUGAUGCAUUGGCCCAUGAGUUACAAGUUCGAUGCCUGGAAAACGAAUGAUCCAGAUGCUCCGACUGUUCCUGAAUUUACGGAAGUAGACUACGUAGAUACGUGGCGCGCCAUGGAAAAGCUAUUGAAUGGUGGGAAAGUUCGAAGUAUCGGUGUUUCGAAUUUCAACAGCGAACAAGUUGGCAGAAUAGUUAAAGAAUGCACUGUAAAACCGGUCACAAAUCAAGUAGAAUGCAACCCGGGCCUGAAUCAACGAAAAUUAAUUGAAUUCUGCAAAAACUUGGAUAUUACAAUCACCGCCUAUAGUCCUUUGGGGCGUCCAAAUUAUUACGAAAAAGAUCCUAAAAAUACUCCAAAACCUGCUUUAGAUGACGCACGGGUCGCUAAUAUAGCCAAAAAGUAUGGCAAAACUUCCGGCCAAAUUAUUCUGAGAUACUUGGUUGAUAUCGGGACGAUUCCGGUUCCAAAAUCGGCCAAUGAACAGCGUCUUCGUCAAAACAUUGACAUUUUCGAUUUCAAAUUGACCGAAGCAGAGAUAAAAGUGAUGGAUAAUUUUAACAACGGGAAACGCACCGUUCCCUUCGCCCAUCAUAUAAACCAUAAAUACUACCCGUUUUCCAUCGAGUACUGAAAACAUGUGAUAUGAAAAUAAAUAUUGAAUUGUAUUGCA